AUUUUUAUAAAAACGUUUAUAAUAAAAUUUUUGCCAAAAUUGAAUAACAUAUCUUGAUAAACGAAAAAGAUAAUUGCUCAUUCUGAAUAAACUUCCACACAUAUUUUUACAUAUAUUUCGUAUCUUUCAGGUAUUAUUUCACUCAGCGGUUAUUGCAGACCUUUUGAUAUUACUGCAAAUGGUUAUGUGCGUAGCGAAACGGUGUCAGUGAUAUACCUUCAAAAAAUGAAGAAUGCGAAGAGAAUUUAUGCCAUAUGUCCGCAUGUUAAAUUAAACAAUGAUGGUUACAAAGAAGAAGGAAUAACAUAUCCAUCGACGUUUAUGCAGAGUACUUUACUAACAGAAUUUUACAAUGAAUACGGAAUACCGACAUCUUGUUUGGAUUACAUAGAGGCACAUGGUACCGCUACCAAAGUUGGCGAUCCCCAAGAAAUUAAUGCUAUCUCUAAUGUAUUGUGUAAGAACAGAGAAACUUCAUUAAUGAUCGGCUCUGUAAAAUCCAAUCUUGGUCAUGCAGAAUGUGCUAGCGGUUUAACUCAAAUCGCUAAGGUAAAACAACUGGCUUUCGUUUUCAUUUUAUUAUAAACUUUUUUUUAUUUUACGUAAUCACAUAU